UCUGGUUUCCCGACAUUUUUGUUUUCAGCCAAGGGGAGGCUAUCGUGAUUUUUUCCCCUUUGAGCCCAGGCUCUGCUUUCUGGGGGGGUGGGGGGCGCGCCGAGCCGGGGAGCCGUGCCAGCCGAGUCGUGCGGGCUGUGGCAGGGAAGGGGCCACCAUGGGAUGUACUCUGAGCGCAGAGGAGCGAGCCGCCCUCGAGCGGAGCAAGGCGAUUGAGAAAAACCUCAAAGAGGAUGGCAUCAGCGCAGCCAAAGACGUGAAAUUACUCCUGCUGGGGGCUGGAGAAUCUGGAAAAAGCACCAUUGUGAAGCAGAUGAAGAUCAUCCAUGAAGAUGGCUUCUCUGGAGAAGAUGUGAAACAGUACAAGCCCGUUGUCUACAGCAACACCAUCCAGUCCCUGGCAGCCAUCGUCCGGGCCAUGGACACUUUGGGCAUCGAAUAUGGUGACAAGGAGAGAAAGGCCGAUGCCAAGAUGGUGUGUGAUGUGGUGAGUCGAAUGGAAGACACGGAGCCCUUCUCUCCAGAGCUGCUCUCUGCCAUGAUGCGACUCUGGGGCGACUCAGGGAUCCAGGAGUGCUUCAACAGGUCCCGGGAGUAUCAGCUCAACGACUCCGCCAAAUACUACCUGGACAGCCUGGAUCGGAUCGGGGCUGCCGACUACCAGCCCACUGAGCAGGACAUCCUCCGAACCAGGGUCAAAACCACUGGCAUCGUAGAAACCCACUUCACAUUCAAGAACCUCCACUUCAGGCUGUUCGACGUUGGGGGCCAACGAUCUGAACGCAAGAAGUGGAUUCACUGCUUCGAGGACGUCACGGCCAUCAUCUUCUGCGUCGCGCUCAGCGGCUAUGACCAGGUGCUCCACGAAGACGAGACCACGAACCGCAUGCACGAGUCUCUCAUGCUCUUCGACUCCAUCUGUAACAACAAGUUCUUCAUCGAUACCUCCAUCAUUCUCUUCCUCAACAAGAAAGAUCUCUUUGGUGAGAAGAUCAAGAAGUCACCUCUGACCAUCUGCUUUCCUGAGUACACAGGCCCCAACACCUAUGAAGAUGCCGCCGCCUACAUCCAAGCACAAUUUGAAAGCAAAAACCGCUCACCCAACAAAGAAAUUUAUUGUCACAUGACUUGUGCCACAGACACGAAUAAUAUCCAGGUGGUAUUCGACGCCGUCACUGACAUCAUCAUUGCCAACAACCUCCGGGGCUGCGGCUUGUACUGACCUCUUGUCCUGUAUAGCAACCUAUUUGACUGCUUCACGGACUCUUUGCUGUUGACGUUGAUCUCCU